CGUCCCCGCCGCGUCCUUGCCGCCCGCGCGUCUCCGCCGCCUGCCCCGCGCUCUGACUCCGCGGCUUGGGCGCGCCAGCUCGCUCGUUUACUCAUAGGCAGGUCCUCCGCGGCGGCACCGAGGCGAUGGCCACCAGGAUCGACAAAGAGGCUUGCCGGGAGGCGUACAACCUGGUGCGCGACGACGGCUCGGCGGUCAUCUGGGUGACUUUUAAAUACGACGGCGCCACCAUCGUCCCCGGAGACCAGGGAGCGGAGUAUCAAGACUUCAUCCAGCAGUGCACAGAUGAUGUCCGGUUGUUUGCCUUUGUGCGCUUCACCACUGGGGACGCCAUGAGCAAGAGGUCCAAAUUUGCCCUCAUUACGUGGAUCGGUGAGAAUGUCAGUGGGCUGCAGCGAGCCAAAACCGGCACAGACAAGACCCUGGUGAAGGAGGUGGUACAGAACUUUGCUAAAGAGUUUGUGAUCAGUGAUCGGAAGGAGCUGGAGGAAGACUUCAUCAAGAGUGAGCUGAAGAAGGCAGGGGGAGCCAAUUACGAUGCUCAGACAGAGUAACCCCCGCCCUCCCCCUGCCCCUGGCCAAAGUCAUCUGCCUGCUCCCCGGGGGAAGGGCCCCCCGGCCCAGCUACCAGCCUACCAGCCCACCAGGGAGAAGAGAAGCGACGAGAGGCAAUGCCGCCAUCCUGUGUCUGCAGCCCAGUCCCCUUUCCUGCCUCCCUCAUGAACCCUGUUGUCUUCUAUCUCCUGACGCUCAUGGAACAUCUUUCUUUUACCUUCUUCCUUUUCCUCCUCUUUUUUAUUCUAAAGAAAAAUCGUUUUGAUGCCAAGGUCAUGCAUGUCAUCAGAUUUGAGGUACCUCCUGUAGUGACCCCUUUUCCUGACAUUUCUCUUGCCUAGCCUGAGCCACCAUGACCUCACGUUGCUAAUGAAACCUGUGCCACCAUCUUGGCUUUCUGGCAUGCCCUCCUGUUUACUGUUAAGGAGGCAGCUGUCCCAGGAGCAGUGCUGGCCCACCUCAGCGUUUGUAGGAACACACAUGUAUUCUAGCUUGGACCUCCUAGAAUGUGCUUCAGGGUCCCUCACCCCCACCCCCAUCAAAGUUGCCUAAGGGACAUGUCUGACAGAGAUGGAGACAAGUCUAUGUCUGACUCAGACCGAAUAAGAAGAGAUAAAAUUUGCCUUAAAACUUGGCUUGGCACUGGCUUUGCCAGGUGGUCUGGAACCGCCCAUCCCCAUCCUGUUGAUCGAAAUCUCAUUGUGGCAUGAAGAGAGGGCAUAGGUCUGAGUCCCAAGACUUGACAGGAAGUGGUUAACUUCAGGGUUAGCUUCAGGGGCUCCCAAAGUGACCAAGACGUUAGGGACAGAGGACCAGAUGGGGAAUGGGAAUUUACGUGAAACUGGGAACUGGUCCUUACAUUCAGCAGGGUCCUCUGUAGGACCGAGGAUGCUCGGGCCUGUGGGCCUACCCUGCCUAUUUUGCUGCAUCUUAAGUGGAAGUCCCAGCACUCAUGGGGACCCCGGCAUCUGUGGUUUCAAUCAUGUGCACCGCACAUUCAAAAGGAUUUUUUAAAAAAAAAAAAAAAGGAAA